GCACCGACUGCUUGCCGCGGCCGCGAGUCCGAGCGAGAGCCACCGCCGCAGUAGUACAGUGCCGACUACGCCAGACCGCCGCGGAGACAGAGACGGAAUUAUAUAUAGGCUGUGUAUACGCGCAGAGAAGCGCAAGCGAGUAAGGGAGAGGGAGGGAGGAUGCGCGCGCACACCCCAUAGCCGGAGAGAGGGAGAGAAGGAGGCUCUCGAGUGCGCGUGCCCUCGCGAGAACGACUAUAUCCGCUCUCAGUAGUAGCAGCAGCAGCAGCAGAGCGCGCGAGGCUUGUGCGACGAGUAACGAAACGAGAACGAAGAGUAAGAACAGACAGAGACUGGGUUACAUUGUGAGGGACUAAACACACACAUACACGCACACUCACGGUCGGAGAUAUCGCAGAGUAGUGCAGUGUCGGAGCCCUCGCGAUAGACGAACGCACAAGUGAAAGAGAGAGAGAGAGAGAGAGAGACGCAUAGAGAGUCUCGAUUGCUGCUGCCGCGAUCGCGCGCGCGUUGUGUGUCAGUGGGCUUAUAGCUCGCAGAGAGUGAGGGAGAGAAAGAGAGAAAGAGAGAGAGGGAUAGUGAUUGUGUGAAAUGGUGGCAGUGGUAACGGCCGGGACGGCUCGGACUCGGCUGAGCGGCAGGCAUCGUCGACACCAGGAGAAGUUCUUGCCCUAGACUACCAGCAGCGCUGCACGCCACUUUGCAUCGUUCCAGAAAACCAGCGCCUUGACACACACACGCACACACACACAUACACUACACCACACACCUGCGCGCCGUGCUCCGAUGGGACUACCGCCGCUGCAGUAGUGUAAGGCUCUGCGACAAUCGAGAGAGAGAGGGUCAUCCACACGAAUAGACACAUACACACACGCAGAGAGAGAGAGAGAGAGCGAGAGCGAAACGGACACUGCAAAAUGCUGUCGCAGAGCGAGUUCUACGCCCUCUUCAUCCACUACACGUUCGUGUAGUACAAGCGAGUCGUCGUCGUCGUUGUCGUUGUUGUGAUUUCCUUCUCGGAAGUGUGUGUGUGUGUGUGAUCCGUGCGUGCGUGCGUCGUAUCACCGUCAGCAGCAGCGAGACAAAGCGCUGCUGAAAAACAUCCAGGACACACGAUGAUGAGGAGGGAGCAGCUGCAGCGGGCGCGCCAGAGAUAGGUGGUCUGCCCGCGCGGCGCCCAACCAAGGCCUAUACAGGACAGGAUACAGCACGAUAGCACGCAGCAGCAGCAUCGUCCUCUGCCAUCAGUUCGCCCGGAUGAAACGACGCAAGUGACACGGGAGGAGAUAGAUAUAGAGAGAGAGAGAGAGAGAGAGAGAGAGAGAGAGAGAGAGAGAGAGAGAGAGAGAGAGAGAGAGAGAAAGAUGUGGGCCGAUGUGUCGAGGAGACGUCGCCGCUGGAGUUGCUCACAGGGAUAGAUAGAGGCUAGUAGUGGAUCGAUAAGCACGAGUGCUGCCGCCGCCACCGCCGCCGUCGUCGUCGCCGUCGUCGUCCUUAACCCCCUCGAGUCAGGACGACAGGGUUGCGAUAUUUACAUACAUAUAUAUAUAUACAUACAUACGUGUGCUGUGUGCCUCUCUUCCUGUAAAAUCUCUCUCUCUAUAAUACACGCCAGCUGUGCGCGUAGUGCCGUCGUUGUGAUAAUAAUUAUAAUAAUAAUAAUACCAUAGUAAAGGAGAAGAGGAGGAACAAUUUUUUUCGCUCUCUCGCUCUCUUCAUCACCCUGUGUGUGUGUCGACUCUCUGUGUGUCCGUGCUGCUGCUGUAGCACCCCACGCGCUGUGUGCUCUCUCUCUCAGCUCCAUCGAUAAUUAUCCCGACAUAGAUAUAUAUAUAUAUAUAUAUAUAUAUAUACAUGUGACCUAGCCGUCGCACGCAUUAUAUAUAUACACACACACACGUACACAACACACACGCAAAAAAAGAAGUAAUUUUUCGAAUUCGCGCAUCUCCUCCACUUCUCGCUCUCGUUUCCUCCUGUAUACCCUCGUGUCGCGCUCUCUCUCUCGCUCGCUAUAUAUAUAUAUCUCGUUAUAUUAUCGUUAUUAUACAGUGCCUGGUUAACAAAUAAAUAAUCGCGCGCGCGCAAAGUCUCGAUACGAUGUAAACACACAAACACACACAUGCAACACACCUAAAGAGCGAAUCGACACGCAUCAGUGCAAGGAAGUAAAUUAACCAGCGUCCAUCCGAUAGAGAGAGUUAGAGAGAGAGAGAGAGAGAGAGAGAGAGAAGAGAGAGAGAGAGAGAGAAUUGAUGUAUCAAGCCAGUGCUGUGUGAGAUAUAUAUAUAUAUAUAUAUAUAUAUAGUGACGCAGCUUCUUCGGCCUCGAAGACCCACGUAUAUAUCUGUAUAUACAGGAACGAAACGGCAGUUCUGUAUCAUCAGCCAAGAUCACAAGGAUUUCGCCGCCACCAACCCACAUCAAAUCUGACUGACGCGGAGCAUACUAUGAUAAUUCAGAUAUCAGAUUGAUUAUAACCGCCGCUUCAUGUAUACCAGGUCGGACAUGAAAAAUCUUGGUUCGAGUUGUACGACGGGCCCCACUAAACCAGGCACUGCCUCACUGCGUUCGUCACUGGUCGUAGCCGCGAAGACGUUGAAUAAGGGCGUCGUAGUAGCCGAUAAGCGGAGUCGCAGAAGCAGUAUCAGUAGCAGCAGCAGCGCAGCUAGCAGAGCUAUCGGUAGCCCGAGAUCGAGUCAGCAGCAGGAGAGUAAGGGCCGCCGCGCAAGCGGCCGGCAAACGAGGCACAACGCUAUUAUUCAGCAGCAGCAGCAGCAGCAGCAGCAGGAGCAGCAACAGCCAUCCGUCCGGCAACCGCAGCAGUCACUAGCCUGGGCCGAGACGACGUCCAGUAGCGCGUCGUUGUUGUCCUCGAGAGGGAACCUCUUCCUCGCAAGCGUCAGACCGGGAACCACGCUACAGCGCCGCCAGGACCGUAUUCGCUCGACGCGAAACCCCAGCGAUCGGCAUUUCCGAAAUUGUUAGCACCAAUAGCAAGGAAGGUUGCUUAGUUGUGUGCAGCCUAGACAAUGUCCCAAGUUUCUCUCUCUAUAUCAGAGGAAGAGCGAAGUUUGUUCCGUCCGUUCACGCGGGAAUCACUAGCAGCGAUAGAGACUCGCAUUGCCGAGGAACUUGCUAAGCAAAAAGAACUCGAGAAAAAAAGAGCUGAAAACGACACGGGUUAUGGACGGAAGAAAAAGAAAAAAGAAAUUCGAUAUGACGACGAAGAUGAGGAUGAGGGUCCACAGCCGGAUCCGAUGUUCGAGCAAGGAGCGCCCAUUCCGGUCCGACUGCACAACGAAUUUCCCCCCGAGCUGGCCUCCGUACCUCUUGAAGAUAUUGAUAGUUUCUACCAUAAUCAAAGGACAUUCGUGGUCAUUAGCAAGGGCAAGGACAUAUUUAGGUUCUCCGCGACGGACGCCCUGUGGAUCCUCGAUCCCUUUAAUCCAAUCCGGCGGGUGGCCAUCUACAUAUUGGUCCAUCCCCUUUUCUCUCUCUUCAUCAUCACCACAAUUUUGGUUAACUGCAUACUCAUGAUCAUGCCCACGACGCCCACCAUCGAAUCCACCGAAGUCAUAUUUACGGGCAUCUACACAUUUGAGUCCGCCGUUAAGGUGAUGGCGAGGGGUUUCAUUCUGCAGCCUUUUACCUAUCUUAGAGAUGCAUGGAAUUGGCUCGACUUCGUAGUUAUAGCUUUAGCUUAUGUGACGAUGGGAAUAGAUCUAGGCAACCUUGCCGCUCUCAGGACAUUUCGAGUCCUCCGAGCCUUGAAGACUGUCGCUAUUGUACCAGGUCUUAAAACUAUUGUCGGUGCUGUGAUAGAGUCAGUGAAAAAUCUACGCGAUGUGAUAAUCCUAACAAUGUUCUCCCUCUCUGUCUUUGCGCUGAUGGGCCUUCAGAUUUACAUGGGGGUGUUGACGCAAAAGUGUAUAAAGAAUUUUCCCGAAGACGGCUCGUGGGGCAAUCUCACUGACGAGAACUGGGAGAAAUUUGUUAGUAACGAUACAAAUUGGUAUGGACAGGACGAGGCGGGAAACUAUCCAUUAUGCGGGAAUUCAUCCGGAGCUGGGCAAUGUCCACCUGGCUACACGUGUUUACAAGGUUACGGAGAAAAUCCGAACUACGGCUACACGAGCUUCGACACAUUUGGCUGGGCUUUGCUUUCCGCCUUUCGUUUGAUGACCCAGGACUACUGGGAAAAUCUUUAUCAGCUGGUACUGAGAUCAGCGGGCCCGUGGCACAUGUUGUUCUUCAUCGUUAUUAUUUUUCUCGGUUCGUUCUAUCUCGUGAACUUGAUCCUCGCCAUUGUCGCGAUGUCGUACGACGAGUUGCAGAAGAAAGCUGAAGAGGAGGAACUCGCCGAAGAGCAGGCGAUAAGGGAAGCGGAAGAAGCGGCUCUGGCGAAGGAGAACAAGUUGGCGGCUCGGGCGGAAGCGGAAGCGGAAGCUCGCGAGGCAGCCGCAGCCGCGGCAGCUGGUGAGAUCGUCAAGUCGCCAUCGGAUUUCUCUUGUCACAGCUACGAGCUGUUCGUCAACCAGGAGAAGGGCAACGACGACAACAACAAGGAGCGCAUGAGCAUAAGAUCAGUUGAGUCGAUCAGCGAGCACAGGGUCAGAAUAUCGAGCAAUAAUCACAACGUCACCUCCACCACUACCAAAGUCCGCAAAGUCAGCACUGUCGCUCGCGCCGGUAAUGGCCAGUUUACUUAUGCCUACCAGGAAAGCCUGAAAGAGGCGAGCCUGAGUCUGCCUGGCUCCCCGUUCAAUCCCCGUCGUGGAAGCCGUGGCAGCCAUCAGUUUACGAUAAGGAACGGUCGAGGUCGAUUCGCCGGGCCGCCGGGCUCGGAUCGCAAGCCUCUGGUGCUGUCGACGUAUCUGGACGCCCAGGAGCACCUGCCCUACGCGGACGACUCGAACGCCGUGACGCCGAUGUCCGAGGAGAACGGCGCCAUCGUUGUACCCGUCUACUACGCGAGUCUUGGCUCCCGGCACUCGUCCUACACGUCCCACGCCUCGAGGCUGUCCUACACGUCACACGGCGACCUCCUCGGCAACGUCACCAAGGAGAGCAGGCUGCGCAGCAGGUCGGCGAGGCCGCCCUCCGCCAACGGGAACCACGUCACCGAGAACCUUCAGAAGCAUCACUACGAAGGUGAUACGGACGAUUCCUUCAGCAAGAAACAGCAGGACAAUCCGUUUAUCGAGGAACCCUCGCCACAACACGCGGUCGUCGACAUGAAAGAUGUUAUGGUGUUGAACGACAUCAUCGCACAAGCUGCUGGUCGGCAAAGUGGAGCAUCGGAACAAGGAGUUUCGAUCUAUUACUUUCCAACAGACGACGAUGAAGAGGGCCCCACGUUCAAGGAAAAGGCCCUGGCCCUGUUUUUGCGUUGCAUCGAUAUAUUUUGCGUUUGGGAUUGUUGUUGGGUCUGGCUCAAGUUCCAAGAGUACGUCGCCCUGCUGGUCUUCGAUCCGUUCGUCGAGCUCUUUAUCACACUUUGCAUCGUCGUCAACACGCUCUUCAUGGCCCUGGAUCAUCACGACAUGGACAAGGAGAUGGACAGGGUGCUCAAGUCCGGAAACUAUUUCUUCACGGCGACAUUCGCCAUCGAGGCGACGAUGAAGCUCAUAGCGAUGAGUCCGAAGUUUUACUUUCAAGAAGGCUGGAACAUAUUCGACUUCAUCAUCGUAGCGCUAUCACUGCUGGAGCUGGGUCUCGAGGGUGUCCAAGGUCUAUCCGUUUUAAGAUCCUUCCGAUUGCUUCGUGUGUUCAAAUUAGCGAAAUCGUGGCCGACGCUGAAUCUGCUCAUCUCGAUCAUGGGCAGAACGGUGGGUGCCCUCGGUAACCUGACCUUCGUCUUGUGCAUCAUCAUCUUCAUCUUCGCCGUGAUGGGUAUGCAGCUCUUCGGCAAAAACUACACGGACAAAGUGGACCUGUUCCCGGGCGGCGAGUUGCCCAGGUGGAACUUCACCGACUUCAUGCACAGCUUCAUGAUUGUGUUCAGAGUACUCUGCGGAGAGUGGAUCGAGUCCAUGUGGGACUGCAUGCGCGUCGGCGACGUGUCCUGCAUCCCGUUCUUCCUCGCGACCGUCGUCAUCGGUAACCUGGUCGUUCUCAACCUCUUCUUGGCCUUGCUUUUGAGCAAUUUCGGCAGCUCAAACCUGUCAGCCCCGAGCGCGGAUAAUGAUACCAACAAGAUCACCGAGGCCAUAGAUCGGAUAAGCCGUUUCAUCGCGUGGACAAAGCGCAACAUUCUUAAUUUACUUAAGAUGUUGCGAGCCAAAUUCACCAACCAGAUAUCCGAUCAGGCGCCAGGUGAGGGACCGUCCAACAGUUGGAAAGAAGAUGGAAUAGAUCGAGACAUGAAUAUGGAUCUGGCCGAGGGUGAGUUGGACGCGUAUCGGGAUAAGAAGAGCGUCAAGGAGCUUAACAAUCAGUUCGAAGUUGCCAUUGGUGACGGUAUGGAGUUCACUAUUCACGGAGACUUAAAAAAUAAAAUGAGAACGAGCUUGUGCUUGAACAACACGAAAGCUCUCGUGAAUUCAAUAAAUCAUCAUCGAGACUUCAGAUUGGACCACGAUUACAUGAAUCACAACGAAGAUGACACGAUAAGUAAUAAAUCGUACGGCAGCCACAAGAAUCGCUCGUUUAAGGAUGAAAGUCACAAAGGCAGUUUAGACUCGUUAGACGGGGAGGAGAAAAAGGACGCCAGCAAAGAGGACCUUGAAGAUGAUCUCGACGACGAAGGCGAGGACGAGGACGAAGAAGAAGAGGAAGUCGAGGAGAUUCCCUGCAGAAUAAUAAAGCAGGACGAAGAGCUGGACGGGGAAAACAGUCCGUCUGACUGUUGUCCUGACAAUUGUUACCAAAGGUUCCCGUUCCUCGCCGGCGACGAUGACGCGCCAUUCUGGCAGGGUUGGGCGACCCUUAGGCUCAAAACCUUCCAGCUCAUCGAGAACAAGUACUUCGAGACUGCCGUUAUCAUCAUGAUUCUGACCAGCAGUUUGGCUCUUGCGUUGGAGGACGUUCAUCUCCAGCAAAGGCCAAUUCUUCAAGACGUACUGUAUUACAUGGAUCGAAUUUUCACUGUCAUAUUCUUCUUCGAGAUGUUAAUCAAGUGGUUGGCGUUAGGCUUCAAAAAAUAUUUUACGAACGCUUGGUGUUGGCUUGAUUUUAUAAUCGUCAUGGUAUCUCUCAUUAACUUCGUAGCGUCGCUCUGUGGCGCGGGCGGAAUCCAAGCCUUCAAAACAAUGCGGACCCUAAGGGCCCUAAGGCCACUCAGGGCGAUGUCUAGAAUGCAGGGAAUGCGGGUCGUCGUCAACGCGCUGGUCCAAGCUAUUCCAUCCAUCUUCAAUGUGCUGCUAGUGUGCCUCAUAUUCUGGCUGAUUUUCGCGAUUAUGGGUGUCCAAUUGUUCGCCGGAAAAUAUUUCAAGUGCGUCGACGCGAAUAAAACUACGCUAAGCUACGAAAUUAUACCCGAUCGCAACGCUUGCAUUGCUGAAAAUUACACGUGGGAAAAUUCGCCGAUGAAUUUCGAUCACGUGGGCAAAGCUUACUUGUGUCUAUUUCAAGUGGCCACUUUCAAAGGCUGGAUUCAAAUCAUGAACGAUGCCAUUGACUCGAGAGAAAUAAAUAAGCAGCCGAUUCGCGAAACGAACAUUUACAUGUACCUAUAUUUUGUAUUUUUCAUCAUCUUCGGAUCGUUUUUUACUCUCAAUCUGUUUAUCGGAGUUAUCAUUGACAACUUCAACGAGCAGAAGAAAAAAGCCGGCGGCUCCCUCGAGAUGUUCAUGACUGAGGACCAGAAAAAGUACUACAACGCCAUGAAAAAGAUGGGCAGCAAAAAGCCACUGAAGGCCAUUCCGCGGCCAAGGUGGAGGCCUCAGGCGAUCGUGUUCGAGGUAGUGACGGACAAGAAGUUCGAUAUGAUUAUAAUGUUGUUCAUCGGGCUGAACAUGCUCACGAUGACGCUCGACCAUUACCAGCAGAGCGCUACUUUCAGCAACGUCCUCGACUACCUGAAUAUGAUAUUCAUUGUGAUAUUCACCAGCGAGUGUCUCAUGAAGAUCUUCGCGCUGCGCUACCAUUACUUCAAGGAGCCCUGGAACCUCUUUGAUUUUGUUGUCGUUAUAUUAUCAAUAUUAGGUCUGGUGCUGAGCGACAUAAUCGAAAAGUACUUCGUGUCGCCGACACUGCUGAGGGUAGUGCGUGUGGCGAAAGUCGGCCGUGUGCUGCGUCUGGUGAAAGGUGCCAAGGGUAUAAGAACACUCCUGUUCGCGCUGGCCAUGUCAUUGCCGGCGCUCUUCAACAUUUGCCUGCUGCUCUUCUUGGUCAUGUUCAUCUUUGCGAUAUUCGGCAUGUCCUUCUUCAUGCACGUGAAGGACAAGAGCGGUCUUGACGACGUUUAUAACUUCAAGACGUUUGGCCAGUCGAUGAUAUUGCUUUUUCAAAUGUCGACGUCGGCCGGCUGGGACGGCGUCCUCGACGGCAUUAUAAACGAGGAGGACUGCCAGGAGCCGAAUAACGAGAUCGGCUAUCCGGGUAACUGCGGCUCCUCGACCAUCGGCAUAGCCUACUUACUCUCCUAUCUCGUUAUCAGUUUCCUGAUCGUCAUCAACAUGUACAUCGCUGUCAUUCUCGAGAAUUACUCGCAAGCCACUGAGGACGUCCAAGAGGGCCUCACCGACGACGACUACGACAUGUACUACGAGAUCUGGCAGCAGUUUGAUCCGGACGGCACGCAAUACAUACGCUACGAUCAGCUCUCGGACUUCCUCGACGUCCUCGAGCCGCCGCUUCAAAUUCACAAGCCCAACAAGUACAAGAUUGUGUCGAUGGACAUUCCCAUAUGUAAGGGGGACCUUAUGUUUUGCGUGGAUAUCCUCGACGCUCUCACCAAGGACUUUUUCGCGCGCAAGGGCAGCCCGAUCACCGAGCCUGCCGAGGCCGAAGCGAUCGCGGAGGUGCAAGAACGCCCCGGCGAAGUCGGCUACGAGCGGGUCUCCUCCACUUUGUGGCGGCAGCGCGAGGAAUACUGCGCCAGGCUCAUCCAGAACGCCUGGCGCAAGCACAAGCAGCAGCGUCACAGCGAGAGCGACACCGACGGCUGCGCCGAGCUCGACCACAGCCGCGGCGGCGGAGGCGGCAACGUUACCGAUUCGAUCGGCGCUCCCCAGGCCGGUAACGGGGCAGCCGACAGCGCCACCGGCAUCGGCUCGCCGCAAGCGGCCGAACCAGCAGCCGACAACGCCGGCGGAGCCGCUGCUCCGACCGGCUCCAGCAGCGAGGUCGACGGACAGGUCAUGCAGACGGCGGUGCUCGUCGAGAGCGACGGCUUCUCCACCAAGAACGGACACCGCGUCGUCAUACACAGCCGCUCGCCGAGCGUCACCUCGCGCACCGCGGACGUCUGAUGAACGGACACGGCGGCGGCGACGACGGAUGAGCCACCCGACGCAGCCGACGGCGACGCCGAGUCGUCGGCUCGGGAUCGCGCUCAUCCUCCUCAGGCUACUGAUGACGAAGCCGAGCAGUCCUCCCGUCAGUAAGAGGCUCGCUCAACGCGUCGCGUCAAAUGCGCGAUAUGUGCUUGGCUAGACGGAGACCCACACCCCACACCUCCCACACCCACACCUACACCCACACCCACACACACACAUAAACACGUGAGGUACACACACGUCAACACGUCACACGAGGACGAGAGAAAGAGAGAAGCUGCCUAUACGACUCUGUGUAUGUCAUAUAUAGGAAACAAAAGGGCUUUUAUUUUCUUACGUAUAACCGUCUUUACCGAAGGGCCGUACGCUGAUUUAUUGCCGCCGCGCAUAUUAUGGUAAACGGUCGCGCGCGCGUUAUCGCGACUGUGAUACGACUGUUCUUAGGUUCUCUCAUCCACUGAUUCCUCGUAUACUCCUACAUGUGCAUCGAUCAAGCUACGCUACGGCUAUGCAACUCUAUAUACAUGUAUAUGAGAAAAGUAACUAAAACGCGCAUAUAACACAUAUAUUAUACGUAUGUACACUAGAGAGAGUCGUAGGUAUGUACGUACACCACGAGCAUUUUUUCUAUAACAACAUCAGAGCGGUGACAGGCCUGUGCGUCCAGAUGAUAUACAUUAUAAAUAAACGAGUAUAAAAAAAAGUUUGUAACGAAUUAACGAUUCUAGCUAGAGACGUACUAGUCGAUCGAGAACGUUCAUUUCUUCGGGUGUAGACUAUACGUAUAUUGAUAAAAGUACACUAUUCGGCUGAUGUACGAGAGAGAGAGAAGAGAGUAAUAAAGAUCGUUUUCGUCGUUUUCGACGCGAGCGCCCCCCCCUUUUUUGCAAGUAUCACACACACACACACGAGAAGAGACAAAAAAUAUGUAACGAGACGACGAUUCAUCGCAAAAGUUGUAUCGUACACACGUCACACACCGAUGACACAUUAUACUCGACGCGCGCAGCCUUAUAGUUAAUUGUAUACAGUUUAAGAAAUUCCUCCAACGAGUUGCCUUUACGAUAGUAACAAAAAACUAAAUGAAUAAAUAAAUAAAUCGCGGCUGAUUCUAAACGGACGACGACGUGUAAACGCGCGAGUGUGUAGCGUAAAAAUAGCGACGAGGUACACACGGUUAGAAUCGCGGUUUAGAGUCGAGUUAAGCGUAGACCUGCAGUUUACUUUUGGUCAUACAUGAUAAUAUCGUUAUACUUUGCUUUUCUUCGUUUGUUUUUCGAGCAAAAUAAGAUAAAAUAAUAUAACGUAUAUUAUACGAGGAGAGGAAAAGCUGCGACGAUUAUACAUGCGCGUCUAGCGGAAUAGGCGAUUCGAUUCGAAUGACGAUCACGUAUAUCCAACGAAAUUUUUCAACGCAAAAUACAAACGUACAUAAUUAACGAGAGUAUGAUAACAAGAAAAAACAUAGAGGACGCCAAAGCAAUCCUUUUAUCUCGCCGCACAAAGAAGCUCCGAUGCGCACGAACAAGCAUCUCUCUUUCUUUCUCGCCAAGUUUUAAGGGUGAUUUUCUGAGUAAAAUGAAAUCGGUAUACACACACACACACAUAUAUAUAUAUAUAUAUAUAUAUAUAUAUAUAUAUAUAUAUAUAUAUAUAUAUAUAUAUAUAUAUAUAUAUCGCUUGUUUUAUCUUUCGCUUUGAGGCAGCUAUAUGUGAACAUCCUUCGUUGACACAUGUAUACAGUAUACUUAUAUAAUACGGCUCUCUUACCAGCAGCCCCCACACACAAAGACUUUUUUCCAUGAUUUUUACGAAAAGUUCGAAUUUCUUCUUCCUCUUCCAAGGCACAAUCGCAGCAUUCAAGCUAACUAAAAGGUCGACGAUGGAAAUCGUUCGCCGUUCGAAAUCCACAAUAUCGUCGUCGUCGUCGUCGUCGUCGUUUCGUCCUCCGAUCGAAACGGUGCGCGUGAACUAUAGCGUACACAUACACACACACACACAAACGCGAAAAGCGGAUAUUGCGAUACAUGUACGAAACCGGGGUAUGAAGUAUGAAAGAGAGUGACGAGUAUAACACAUUCAAAUAAACGUCGGGGGAAAAAAAGUCGUGCAUCACUGGCGUCUCGGUCACUUCCUCUACAGACCGAACGGCGGAAGCCGCGAUGUUUUUUUCUCUCGACGCACACACAUACACACUUUUUUCGUCCUCGCGAUUCCAUGUGAAAUAUAUUAUGUAAAUGCGCGAUAAUUAUGUAAAUGCGCGACGUAUAAUGAAGGCAAAAACUACAUGUACACGUGCGGACUGCAAUGCGAGGGUCACGGACAAAAAAUUACUUGAAUUUGAAGAAAAAGUAACAAACAUGGUGCACGCACGUACAUUACGCACGCAAACGCGAAAUACGUGUGGCUGGCGCGUACGCGGACACACGGAAACACACACAUACACACGUACAGAGAAAUAUAUAAUAUAUGAAAUAUAUGACAGAACGAUGGGAGGCGUGAGAGAGAGUAUAAUAAGCCACUCACCACCCAGAGGAUAAAAAAAAAUUGCCACCGCGUAUCACCUACGAAUCAUUUUUCACCACGAGAAUUUCUGUACAUAUUAUAUAAAGGGAUAUAAGAAUAAUAAUUAUAAUAAUAAUAAUAUUAAUAAUAAUAAUAAUAAAAAAGAAUUCGAUUUGCAUCUUCGCUGCUUAUGGAUCGCACACGUACAUUUGUACAAUCUAAUAAACGUACUUUUUACUCGAGGGAAAUAAGAUGAUUAUAAUGAAGUAAAUGAAUACAACAAACAAAAAAAAAGAAUAAAACAAAAUAAUAUAUGAAAUAAUAUAUUAUUAUAUAUAAAUAAAACAAAAAAUGCGAAUUCGCGCUCUGCGUAAUGGUAACUGUUUUUUUUUUUCGCGGCAAUAUGCGAGCGCUCACGUACAUUCACACAUUAUACGAGGAGUAUAUAAGUAUGUAUAAGAAAAAAAAUGUAGGAGAAGCUAUGAGAGGGAGCAGUAUAUAUAAUAUGAGGCAAAAAAAUGAAGAGAAACACGAGUGUUUUAAGACAGUCGAGCGACGAGGUAACGAUGUAUACUACGACACACAACUCGUGCGCUCGCGUAUAUUAAACACAUAACUUUUGACUCAUCUCUCGAAAGAUAUAUAUAUAUAUAUAUAUAUAUAUAUAUAUAUAUAUAUAAAUAUAUAGGAGGCGAGUAUAUAUAAUUUUUUCGUGUGACACGUACACGGCGCGCGCGAAAUGAAAAAAACGAGAGCAGAACAAAGAUGACGCUGAAGAAUAAACAACAAAAACAUAUAUAUUAUAAUAUAGACAUUGGUGCGUAUACAUGCGACAAAAUAAAAUAAUGUGAGCGAGAGAGUAUUGUAAUCGAGUGUCUGAACGACGAGUGCGAGCGUGCGAGACAAAUAUCGAGAGUUAUUUGCACUUUGGAGUUUUGCAGCGAGCUAAGUGCUUUAUUUUGUUAUUAUUGAUACAAAUUCACAGCAAAUAAGCUUUACACUUACGCGUUUAAAGGAAUAAAAAUAAAAUAAAUACGUGAGCGAGAGAGAGAGAGAGAGAGAGAGUGUGAGCGAACGAAUGGGACAGCGCUGCGAUAUUAUAACAAGAGAGUGCGAGCAAUGACGAGAGAGAAAUACACGCCCCUUAUAUGAAACGACGUUGAAACGUGUAUCGACUGCGAUUGACACGCGAACGAUUUGAUGUUCGCUCGGUAAUUUAUUUUUUUUUUUUUCUAACGACGAGUUGGUGCACGAUUGUUAUUCGAUUUUUUUUCAUUUUCGAAGCGAUACUACAUGCUUUUUGUUUCUUUUCCAAAACGUCAGAUACUCAUGCGCGAAGUACGUCUGUAAGUGUUCAAUUUUUUCAAGCAUAUCAUUUGACAAGUAUUACCGAUCAUACAGUAGGUAUAUCUAUACGUGUAUUAUCUCAAAUGCAAAGCAUAUCGGUUCGGAUCAAGCUUUUUUUACUUGUCGCUCUACGGCUACAUAAACGAUAUCAUGUAAUAGAGCUUGAAAAGCUUAAAAGUAUGUACUAGUCGUUUUUCUAUACCGCUUUGUUUUACGUUCGAUUUUCCUAUAUCUUUUGCUACGUACGUAUGUAUAAUCGUAUGUUUUUUUAACGCCUGAGGUAUAUAUAUAAACAGUACGUAUAAUCUCGGUCCGCUUGCCGUCCCGCUUGUAUUGAGCACUGACAUAUAUAAAUACAUAUUUAAAAAUGAACGACAGAAGCAUUAAUUACGAGGAGGAGGAGGAACGACAGAGAAGAUAAGAGGAAAGACACGUAAAACUCGCGACGUUAUACAAUUAAUUAUAUAAAAUAGCUGCGAAAGAUAUUUGCAUUUUAAACGUAUAUUCCGAGGAUUUCACGGAUACGCACGUACGAUUUUGAGCGCGAGAGAGAGAGAGAGAGAGAGAGAGAGAGAGAGAAUCGAGCGAAAGGGACAAAAUAGAACGAGUGCGGAAGAAUUGAGACUAGUGAUAAUAAUAAGUAAAAAGAAAAAAGAAUCAAUUGCACAAAUAUUUUUUUAAGGCUCGACGUACACUAUAUAUAUAUAUACUCGUUAUAUUUACUAUAUAUAUAUAUAUAUAUAUAUAUAUAUAUAUAUAUAUAUUUGUAAGUAAUAGAGCGUCUGCGCGUGUAGCUGUCAUGAUUUCACUCUUAUAUAUACGCUUAAAUAUAAACGACAAAAACUCUAACGCUAUCUUGUGCGCGUGUACGCGUAUAAUACCGUUUUCUCAUUCGCGAACGAUUGAACCUUACAAACUUCCUCGAUCAAUCGGCCGCGACAUGCGCCACUUUGUUAUACGCGCACACACCCCUAUCCCUAUUACAUGUAUACAUACAUAUAUAUAUAUAUAUAUAUAUAUAUAUAUAUAUAUAUAUAUAUAUAUAUAUAUAUAUAUAUAUAUAUAUAUAUAUAUAUAUAUAUAUAUAUAUAUAUAUAUAUAUAUAUAAAUAUAUAUAUAUAUAUAAUCGUACACAUCGGAUGUUGUAAUAGAUGUGUAAAAGAUCGUGCACCGGCUCGUGAAGAAAAAAUCAAAGCCCGGGGCGGGGAUAAGUUUGCACGCAUAAAUUACGACGACGCUCGUAUUUAACAUACAUGCGUCGCAUUAUCGGGGUCUAUACGUACAAUCAAUUACAUCGGCCUUCGCGACUCGUCGAGGGGGAUUCUUAUCGAGGCUUAAAAGGGCGCAUCCCAAAGGUCCCAUCCAAACCUUAGCGAUGCGUCUUUUUAAGCCUCUCUACGACUUCUUCAAUGCCUCGUCGGGCUCACGGCUUGACAUCGCGAAUUUUCGCGGUCGACUCGCUCUCGACGUGUUACAUAUGACAGCUGGUCCUCCCCUAAAUUCGAUCCAGUCGGUGUAUAUAUCCCCACCUCGGGUUCGCGCCAAUUGGCUGUAUUAUGCGUGUAUAAAUCGGACGAUCGUAUAUUUGUACACACAAUAUAAGCAUGAGGAGAAGAACGCGAAACUUCGAAAUUUCGAAAUCGACAUCGCGCGUCAUCUCGAAACUUCCCCCGAUUGAAAUUUCGAAGUUUCCUCGACUCGCGCCGGAAUUCCAAACAGUGUAUCCAAAAGAAGAAAUAAAAAAAAUCGCGACGCGUCGGAUUGAGGUACACUGUGUACACCAGUGGGGCGAUGGUUUUUUCUCGCACUCUCUUCGCCCUGUAUUAUCGGCAACAACGUCGUUGUAAGAAAAAUAAAAAAAAAAAUGUAAGGCAUAAUACACGUGUAAAUUUAAUGAGAAAAAAAAUACGAAUUGCGCGCUGACGGCGGAGAAACUUUUUCUUAAUGGCUAAAAAAAAGUAACCAACGCAAAAAAAAUCACACACACAUUGUAUAAGCGAGGCGAGGAACGGAUUACAUUUAGCAAAAAACAAAACUACGGGCUUUCUAGACAAAAAUAAAAAAAAAUCUCUCUGAAGACUCUCGAAAUCGUUAUUUUAAAUCGUGCGAUAAUAAGCAACAAAAAAAAACAUUACUAGAUGGCUAUUGUAAAGUGUGAAGCUAAACCAGCAGAAAAAAUGAAUAUACUUUAAAGAAUAAUGAAAAAAAAAAACACUAAAAAUAAAACUAAACUAAAAUAACAACCAGAGCCUGUCGGCCA